AUGCAGCUGUGCCUGCUGAAAAAUGUGCCCUUUGAAAUGCCAGGGGGGAGGGAUGGGCCUGGGCAGCCAGGGAAGCUCUCCUGCACCUGCCUUGCUUUUCCUUCUCACCGUGUCCUUCCUCAGAGCCCAGAGGUGCACGUGAUGCUCCAGCAGCAGCAGCUGAGGCAGCUCCUGCCCGAGGGGAAGGGGGACACCGGCACUGCCCUCGCCCUGCUCGGGGGCUCCGUGGCAGCCCUGGGGCUCUGGAAAUGGCUGGGCAGAAAGAGGAUCCAGAGGAAAAUGGAGGAGGCUCGGAGGACCCGGGAGGAGGGCAUGAAGAAGAUGGCAAAGGCUGUGCAGCAGUUCAGGGAGCAGGUCCCCAGUGCCCAGAGAGAUGCCAUUCUGUCCCUGCCCCUGCUGGAACUCUCUGGAAGACUCCAGGAAGGGUCUCUGUCCCCCAGGACCGUCCUCUACACCUACUUGGAGAAGGCCCUGGAAGUGACCCAGCAGACAAACUGCUUGCGACACUUUAUCCCAGAGUGUGAGGAGCAGCUCCGGGAAAUCGAGCGGCGCACGGAGAAGGGGCUGCUCUACGGCAUCCCCGUCAGCAUCAAGGACCACAUCGGCCACAAGGGGCACCUGGCAACCUGUGGGCUCAUGCAGUGCCUGGACACUGUGAUGGAGGAGGACAGUGUCCUGGUCAAGGUCCUGAAGAAACAAGGGGCCAUCCCAUUUGCAAUGACCAACGUGCCACAAUCCCUCUUCAGCUACGAAUGCAGCAACCCCAUCUUUGGGCAGACCUUGAACCCCCUGGACCCUCAGAGGAGCCCCGGGGGCUCCUCAGGAGGGGAGGGAGCUCUGAUUGCAGGGGGAGGCUCCAUCCUGGGCAUGGGCUCGGACAUGGGCGGCAGCAUCCGCCUGCCCUCCAGCUUCUGCGGGAUCUGCGGCCUCAAACCCACAGCCGAGAGACUCAGCCUGUCUGGAGUGACUGGUCCUGUCAAUGGCAUCGUGGCAGUCCCUUGUGCCCUGGGGCCCAUGGCACGGGACGUGGACAGCCUGGCCCUGUGCAUGAAGGCUCUGCUCUGCCAGGAGAUGUUCCAGCUGGACCCCAGUGUGCCCCCCAUCCCCUUCAACGAGGAGGUGUACUCCAGCUCCGCUCCCCUGCGGGUCGGGUACUACGACACCGACGGCUACUUCCCUCUGCCCCCCUGCAUGAGGAGGGCAGUGAAGGAAACCAGGAGUGCUCUGCAGGCAGCUGGGCACCAGCUGGUGCCCUUCUCUCCCCCUCGGAUCCCCUAUGUCAUGAAUGAGCUGUUUAUGAAGACGUUUUUUGCUGAUGGAGGCCGUGCCUUCUUGGAUGUGUUCACAGGAAAUAUUGUGGAUCCAGGCUUGAAAGCGCAGGUGAAUUCCUGCAAGAUGCCAAGGCUGGUGAAGAAGCUGCUGGCUCUGCUUCUUAAACCACUGUUCCCCCGCCUGGCUGACCACCUGAGCUCCAUGGCUGGAAUGAGGUCAGUGCAGGAGAUGUGGGAUCACCAGCAUCAAAUACAGGUGUACCGCUCCCAGUUCAGCCAGUGGCAGCAACUCCAGCUGGACGUGGUGCUGUGCCCUGUCCUGGGGCCUGCCUUCACCACGGGAUACCCCAGGAAACUCCUCGGUGCCAUCUCCUCCACGAUGCUGUACAACGUCUUGAACUUCCCCGCGGGGAUUGUCCCUGUCAGCACCGUGACAGAGGCGGAUGAGGAAGAGCUAAAGCUGUACAAAGGAUGCUGUGAUGACCCCUGGGACCGGACACUGAAACAGGCUGUGUCAGGAGCCGUGGGGAUGCCCGUGGCCGUGCAGUGCGUGGCCCUGCCGUGGCAGGAGGAGCUGUGCCUGCGCUUCAUGAAGGAGGUGGAGACCCUCAGCCGUGGUGGCAGGAGAGUGGCAUAG